GAGAAGCUGUUCGCCAUGGAGAUCAGCGAGCUGACGCUGGCGAAGGCCGUGGACGUGGCGGAGAGCGUGCGGUGCGCGCGCGCGGCCGCCGCCAGCACGGCGCCCGGCGCCCGCGGCUCCUCCGGGGACUCCGUGUUCAAGAUGCAGCAGCGGGAGCCGCGCGGCGCCGCCGGCCCCGGCAAGGAGCAGUGCACCGUGUGUGGGCGACGUAGCCAUAAGGCAAGCGAGUGCCGGUUCGCUUCAUUUAAGUGUACAAAGUGCAAGGCCAAAGGUCAUUUACGCCGGAUGUGCAAAUACGUAAACUUUGUAGGAACGGAGGAAACGUGCGAGGGCGAUGAUGAUGAUGAUGUGCUUACAGGCUAGACAUUAUGGAGGUAUUGUAAGAAAAGACUUAGUAGUAAAUGAUAAAGUUUUAUAUAAGGUGUAUUCAACCAAUCAAAAAUUUUGUUGGAAAAAAGGAACUAUAGUUAGAAAAAUUGGAA